UGGGGGCUACACCUCGCUCCCGUUCAUUUCGGACGAUCCCGCGAGCGCCCCCUACAUAACCGGAAGUCUACGAGAGCGGGUCUUUUCACGUUGGCAAAGUACGUAGCCCAAAGUUGUACUUUAAGUUGUAAAUUCAGUUACAUUCCACCACUGAAAAGAGAAAUGGAAAUGUGAGGUAUACAAAAAUGUUUUAAAACACAACGUGAUGUGAGUCAAAAAAUCGGGAAAAUGGCUGACACAUAAAAAUGACUUUAAGUGCAGCUGGCGGGCAGUGGAAUGAAACCUUUGAGAAUUCAGAAUAAAAACGCGUAUUGUCUCCUUUCUGUCCUAAACGAGCUGCCGUACCGUUUGGUGCCGACUCUCGACAACAACCCGCCCAUCUUCACUGUCUCGUCAGGCCAUUGGUUGAAAACUGUGUCCUUCAGCUAAACCGGGAAGAAAACAAGCACGCUCGGGUUUCUUGUGACACGCGUGGGUUUUCUCUGUCUUCAGCCAGGUGUUUGUUGAUGUUCCUUCGCAGGUGUCACAUUAUAAAAAACAAGGAAACCAGACAGCCGACAGACGCCCGAGGAAACGCGUUAAUGUUCCCCCGAGCGAGAUUCGUCUGCAGCAGCUCAGUUAGCUCACGCGUUAGUGCGCUCAAGAGGCUGGAUCUACCACCUGUGCAGGUGUUACCUGUGACUCCACACGUGACUGUCUUCCAGUUCUGUCGGUGAACCUGUGAAACUGGCUCGAGUCCACAUCAUGGUGUCACCCCGCCGAGGCAGACUGCUGGGUCUCAAGGAGCUGUCCGUCUCCCUGGUGGACUGCAUGAGGACGCCGGCAGUCCUGAGACCAGCUGUGAGACCGGAGCCAAAAGGCUCAUCAGACUUGUUGGACUGCAUGAAGACUCCAGGACCGAAUGGACAGACGGUCCGUGUGGCCACACAGCAGAGUUGUGCCAAGGUGGAGGUCCAGCUGAAGGAGGAGGACGAGCCUUCAGAUGAUGACCUUGAGAAUCCAGAGCAGGAAAACGCACAGCUGGAAGCACAAAACGGUUUGUUCAAAGAAGAAGCAGAUGCAUCAGAAGGUGAAGCUGAACCUGAAGGAACAGAUGAACUGCAGCCGAGUCCAGUCGGGGCCGAUGGGACUCUGUUAGUGUCUCGGGAGGAUGCGGGGGACACAGGCGGAGUGAUGUGGCUCAUGAAGGACCUCGAGCUGUCGGAGUCCCUCAAAGCAGCCUGCGCAGACGGCUCGUCAGAAAGGCCGGAGCGACAGGAAGCCGACGAAGCUUCUGAGCCUGCAGAUGAAAGCGAAGCUGAGAAGACCCUGAUGGAAGGUGCGUCUGAAGUCCGGCAUCACCGGUGCCAGCUCUGUGGGAAGUCCUUCGCGAGGCGGAGCAACGUCCUCAGACACCAGCGGCGUCACUGCAGCAGGACAAGAGACGCCACAAGCAACCCGCAGCCGAGCCAGGCGGGACGGGAGGCUCGUUCUCACGCAGAGACCGGGGACGAAGGCGAAAAGGGACCACAGGUCUCCACAGAGACUCCACGAGAGCGACGACACGCCUGCGAGCAGUGCAGUAAGAGCUUCUACCUGUUGCACACCCUCCGACAGCACCUCCUCACCCACUCGGGUGAGAAACCUUACAGCUGCAAGGUGUGCGGGAAGCACUUUGGCAGGGAGGGCACUCUGAAGCAGCACCAUCUGAUCCACACGGGGGAGAAGUCAUUCACCUGCGAACAGUGUGGCAAGACCUGCGCCCGGAGAGGAGACCUCAAAGUACACAUGAUCAGCCACUCUGAGGAGAGACCGUACAGCUGCAGCCACUGCUCCAAGACCUUCAAGCACCCGGCGAAGCUGAAGCAGCACCAGCGGCUCCACACAGGAGAAAAACCUUAUCAGUGCAAGUUGUGUCCCAAGCAGUUCAGAGUCCAGAUGUCACUGGUGGAGCACCAGUACACCCACUCGGGAGAGAAGCCCUUCCAAUGCACCCGCUGCCCCAAGGCCUUCAGCAACAGGAACAACCUGAGGAAGCACCAGAUGAUUCACACCGGGGAGAAGCGCUACGGUUGCUCGCACUGUGGCAAGAGAUUUCGCCUCCUGCAGCACCUGACCAUGCAUGAGCGCAGCCACACGGGAGAGAAGCCGUACAAGUGCGACGAGUGCGGGAAAGGGUACUCCCACCCGUCAGGUCUGAAAACACACCUGUCCACUCACGAGGAGAGACCGCCUCGCUGUUCCCUGUGUGGGCAGGGCUUCGCCACCCCCGUAGAGCUGACCGGUCACAGGUGCCGAGAAACGGCAAAGAGACCGCACCGUUGCUCCUGGUGCGGCAGGUGUUUCUCUCAGACCUCGAACUUGAAGAAGCACGAGCUGAUCCACAAGGGGGUGAAGCUCUGCGAGUGUGAAGAGUGCGGGAGGAAGUUCAGGGACGCGAGCAACCUCAGCAAACACAAACGCAUUCACACAGGCGAGAAGCCGUUUGAGUGCGAACGCUGUGAGCGGGGCUUCAGGCUGCGGCACCACCUCACAAGUCACAUGUCCACGCACAGCGAGAAGGAUUAGAGACUCCGGGACCAGACCGUUAGCUUCUGACUGCAGCGAUGUCGUUUCUCAGCUGCCUGCAGGACGCGUGAAGUCGCUUAACGCUUUUAAAGCACAUGAAACAACAAAGCCGACGUCCUUCCUCAUGAGUAAUUUCAGACUCAGAAGUGUUACCGUCAGUGUGGUUCGUCACUUGUUUACUUCUCUAAAGUGAAUCUUGACUUCUUAUCAAAACUGACAAAAGCACAUAUUUACUGAUGAGGUGUCACUCUGUUUAAAAUACUGUUUCCUCAUUAUCUCAAGUUAUUAGUGGCACAGUUAAGACCAUUAAAGUGUUGAGGAAAUCAGUGACUGUAUUUAUUUUGCUGAAACAAACAGGUUUAAAUCUGAAUGAAACAGAGUUAAAUUAGAAAGCAGACAGAAUAAUUAAAACGUCAGUGUGUGUCUCACUGCUGCUGUUCGCUCACUUUCACCUCUGACACAAGUUCGGUCAAAUGCACACUAAUGUAAAGCAGGUCAACACUUUAAAGCACAUUAAACAGUUUUGCUGUAA